UAACUUUAAGCGCGCACAUUGCAUGGAACAUGGUAAAUGAAAACGGUUCUUCCACAUCGUUAUUUUCGUGAAUGUCGGUAUGGAUUGAGGGUAAAACAUGCUGUGGGCUGUGUUGGAGAUGCUUGUAUGGUAGUCAAUAUAUUUUUGGUGUACCGUCAGUCGUUAGAGGAACGUUUCGGGAGACAGUUGGAUGAGUGCGCUGUUCGGUGAACGGUGGUUUUUAUGUGAACAUCGUAAUUUCGCGUCGGGAUAUUAUUAUUUUUAUAAGCGGUGCGGUGUUUUUUAAGGAUAAUAAUGUUGUUUACGGUGAAUUCAACUGUGAGAUUUGGCAAUUUUAACAACAUUGUGAAUGAGAAAAAGAACUGAAAAGCCAAAAAAACAUAUUCAAUGCAAGAAUGAAUGAAUAAGAAAGUGUAAAUAAAAAUAUAGAACAAUCACAGCUGGAGACAAUACACACAACGCCGUCGUAUACCAGUUAAAUUCACUGUAAAAUGACUGCAAAACGAGAAAAGGAUUUCACCAAAAGCAACAAAGUCUCAAACUCAACAGAUCAAAUAUCAACCAAAUCAAUAUCCAGCAGCACAUCAACUGCUCAAUGCACCACAAUUUUACCGACCGCAGUAACACCCCUACUUCCAGUUGGUACUCCUGAAACCCUAAAACGAACCAACAAGCCAUUGAUGGAAAAGCGUCGACGAGCCCGAAUCAAUCAAAGUCUUGCCAUACUUAAAGCUUUGAUAUUGGAAUCGACAAAAAAUUCGAACAAAUCAGCGGACGGUCAACCAAAGCACACGAAACUGGAAAAGGCGGACAUAUUGGAGUUGACUGUGCGACAUUUCCAGAAGCAUCGACAUUUAGAUAACCCAGCAACAGAUAAAUACCGAGCAGGAUAUUCUGAUUGUGCCAGGGAAGUAGCUCGGUAUCUCGCGACGCCAGAACCGCCACCAUUACCCAGUGUUCCAUCAAUAAGUGAUCCCGGUUGUAAAGCGAGAUUACUUCGUCACUUAGACCAAUGUAUAAUAGAGAUUGACACUGAAAUAUGUCCAAAGACCAGCAUACUACCCUCCAGUGACAUUAAGGGCGAACCAUUUUUUGCAGUCAAGAAAGCAUCUGAUGAUAAUUCGAUGGACUACAGUAGCCAGGACUCAAAUCCGAUAGAUUUCAGUAAGAGUAACAAAGACUUAGUGCACACCAAAGUUCCCAGUAGCCAUCACGCAGCCGAAGACGAAUUAGAUAGGCGUAUAGUACCAGUCAAUCAAGACGAGAACAACAACGGAGAUCGCACGGAGGUAGCAUCAACUGUAAGUACAACAAUUCCGAUCUCCACGCCAUUCCCAUCGUCAGCGUUUGCACAAAAGCCAAUCAACAGCAUUCCGUCACCGUACAGCCCGAACAAACAAUUUAGAACGAAGUACGAAAGUAGUCAGGUGAUAUGCAAAAUCAACGACGCUUACCUGAAUGCCAUCGAGAGGAACAAUUCGAAGAUUCCUGACGGCGCACAAGAAAAACUGCCGGAAGCACCUACAUUUCAUGACAUGAAGUUAGCUGACGAUCAAGCCGUACUUCGAGUUCCGCCUCAUUAUGCCCAAUUGGCCGCAGCACUCGGCCUAAAUUCGCAAAGCAUUAUGGAAAGUGUGGUAGCAACACCAACCGACUUCGAGAAUUUAAUUGAAAUGCAACGGAAAUUGGCAUCGGACAGCGUUAAAAUGGAUGUGCCGAAUGUUUGCAUGGAUGUUACGAAUCAUAAGCAAACUCCUUGGGACUGUUACCAGAAAGUGAGCGCGUCACCCAAAUCGCAAACAGACGCAACCCAUGACCAUUUAACCGAAAACAAAUUGAAUCGUCAGAAUUACAUCGAUAGUAACAGUAGCAACAACAGUUGCAGCAAUCAAAUGAUGGAUAUCGACGAAGGUGUACAGCCGGUUAAUGAGAAAUUUGUGGGUCACAAGCAAAAGUUAUUCGAGCACUUCGGGAAGAAGGCAUUCUUAAGCUAUGCAUACGAGUCGAAUUUGAAGGAGAAUCAAAAUAUUUUAAAUCAAAACUGUGAUCUGAUGAACAAUGGAAAUCAAGGAGAUGAAAAUAUGUGGCGCCCAUGGUAGAAUUGAUGGAUUUUAUUUUCAGAAUUAAGUAGUUUACGCUGAUGAUGUAAAUGUUUAAAUUAUUUGUAUUAUUAAAAGGGAUGUAAUCAAACGAUAACAAA